GCCCAAGCAGUGCUGCCAAAGUCUAAUUCUCAAACCUUUAUCUAUGACUAUGAGACAUGCAAAGUCAAAAUUAUUGGAGCUAACCCCAUCUCCCCCGUGCUCCCUCCAUCUCCUGGAUGUGUCCAGUGGCAUCUGGACCGUCCACAGAUGAUGGAACCCACUGUGAUUGACCCAAUGCUAGGAAGUAAUGGAGAGAAUCAAAACUCGGAAAAAUUUUAGUAUUUAAAUUCAAAACCAAUAUCUCCAAUCACCCUCUUGAAUGGUGACUUUUCUGUCUGCGGCUCCUCCUAUUAAUUUGAUUCCCUACCAGGCUGCCAUUUCAUUUUCUUAAUAUCUCUCACUCUCUUUCUCUCUCUCCACAUAAUCCACCACCCCAUUUCCUAGAAUCCGUAUCUGCAGAGCCCUCCUCUCCCGGCCGUUGCUGACAAAUUCGCAAGGUCUGCAGAAAAAUUUGCCACUUUUAUAAAAGCUUUUGCCAGCACAGAAGGUUGAUUGGACUCCACAUGGGGAGGCACUCUUGCUGUUACAAGCAGAAGCUAAGGAAAGGCCUUUGGUCUCCUGAGGAAGAUGAGAAACUUCUGAAUUAUAUUACCAAGCAUGGACAUGGGUGUUGGAGCUCUGUCCCUAAACUUGCAGGUUUGCAAAGGUGUGGAAAGAGCUGCAGGUUGAGGUGGAUUAAUUACCUGAGACCCGAUUUGAAAAGAGGAGCAUUCUCUCAGCAGGAAGAGAAUCUGAUUAUUGAACUCCAUGCAGUUCUUGGCAACAGAUGGUCUCAGAUUGCAGCUCAGUUACCAGGAAGAACAGAUAAUGAGAUAAAAAACUUGUGGAAUUCAUGCCUUAAGAAGAAGCUCAGGCAAAGAGGCAUUGACCCCAACACUCACAAACGCCUCUCCGAGGUCGAGAUUGACAAAGACAAAAGCAAUGAGAAAACAUCCAAUGAAGUGAAUCUCAUUGAGGCAUCAAAUUCAAAGCCACCUCCAAUAGAUCGAUACCCAGUUGAUGUUUCUUCCGCCUCCAAGAUCAACAACAGCAAUAGUUUGAAACCCACCCAGGAAUUCUUCCUAGAUAGGUUUGGACCAGCUGGUGCUACGACUUCCCAUGAAAGCUCCAGCACCAGUUGCAGGCCUUCUGAUCUGGUGGGGUAUUUCUCUUUCCAGCAUUUGAAUUAUGGGCCCGAUAUCGGGCUCUCUGUAAAUACUUCUCUUUGCUUCAAUCAAAAUUCCAGAUGCUCUGAGAUGAUUCCAGACUACAAUUCUACUACUAUGACUUCCACAAUGCUUCAUUCCGUGUCAAGCUCAAGCUCAAUUUUCCCAACUGUAAAACCUUCUGUAAGUCUUCCCUCCAACAAUCGCUCCUUAGGCUCUAGUGGGGUCCAGAACUGGGAAACCAGUACCUUCAGUAACAACGGUAGCAACAGCAAUAAUGGAAGCAGUAGCAGUACUAUCGAAUUGCAAGGGAAUAGUAACUUCUUUGAGAACCAUGCUUUCGCUUGGGGAGUGGCAGAUCAUGUAAAAUCUGAUAAACAAGCCGAUGCUGAAGACAUCAAAUGGUCCGAAUAUCUCCAUACGCCGUUUCUGUUGGGAAGCGCACUACACAAUCAAACCUCUCAUCAACCUAUUUGCAGUGACAUAAUUAAACCACAAGAAACAGGCUUCACAACAGACGGGUCAAGUACCACUUGGCAGCAACACCCAUUGCAAGCUUCGGACAUAUAUAACAAGGACCUCCAGCAACUUGCUGUGACUUUUGGACAAACCCUUUAGCUUGCACUUGACAUUUUGAGAUGAGGCUUAAUGGAAAAAAGGGUAUUUUCUGGUUACGGGUGUGUGCUAUAUACAACUUUCUUUUGGUUUUGUAAAUGUGUCUCAUACAGAUCUUCCUAGCCUUUUUUGUUUCAUUUCUUACAAUAUUUUUUGUGAUUUGUUUGAGCUUAUUAUGUUUAUGCCUUGUCCAUGAAACACAAUAGAAUUACUAAAUAAGGCUUAUUGCAGUGUCUCUUCUGCUUAAUUAUUAUAUCCUACGUACAUUUAUUCUGGAUUAAUCAUAUGUUGUAAGUUUAUUCGUCAAUAA